AUGUCGAGCCUCUUCUCCGUGCCCAUCUUUUUCAUCAUCUUCCGCGAAACAGUCGAAGCUGGGAUCAUCGUCUCGGUCCUGCUGUCUUUUGUCGACCAGCUGAUGGCCGGCUCCCCCGCGCUCAAGUCACACUCAACCCCCGAUCGGACAUCACUGCGCGCCUCAAGAGGCACCGGGGAGGAUGCUGCUCUUCUCGAGGCUUCCUCCAUCGAUGGCGAAGAUGAUGGAGAGGAGGACGCGCAAACUAUAGAGGAGCGACAGAGGCUAGCGGGCGUGAUCAGGCGGAUGAAGUUACAGAUCUGGGCAGGGAUGAUCUCGGGUUUGAUCAUCGCCACAGCAAUAGGAGCGGCGUUCAUCGCUGUGUUCUACAUCAAAUUCAUCGACCUAUGGUCCCAAUCCGAGCAAUUAUGGGAAGGCGUCUUCUCCCUCGUCGCAGCGGGCAUCAUCUUUGUCAUGGGCAUAGCCUUCCUCAAGAUGGACCGAGCGCGCAUCAAAUGGCGAUACAAGCUCUCGGCGGCUUUUGAGAAGCAUCGCCAGGCGGGCGUAUCGGGAUUGAACCAAGAGAGAGAAGGGGCCGGGGGAAGAUGGGCGUUGUUUUUGUUGCCGUUUGUGACUGUGAUUAGGGAGGGGUUGGAAGCUGUCGUCUUUGUUGGAGGGGUUGCGCUCAGUGUCGAGCCAUCAGCUAUACCUUUACCUACUGUCUGUGGCCUUGUUUUAGGAGCAUUACUAGGCCUUCUCAUUUACCGUACCGGCUCCACCACCACUCUUCACCUCUUCCUCAUCUGUUCCACCACUCUUUUGUUCCUCAUCGGAGCCGGCUUGGCGUCAAAAGGAGUCGGCUUCUUCCAAUACUACCUCUUCUCCCGCGGCGUAGGUGGAGACGUCGCAGAAACAGGCGACGGUCCCGGAAGCUUCAUGGUUGCUGGGAAUGUAUGGCACUUUGAAUGCUGCAAUCCAGAGCCCGGAAGUGCAUCGACGAACGGCUUCUAUCAGCUCGCUAACUCGGUCGUUGGAUGGAACAAUACAGCCACGGUCGGUACAGUCGGCGUGUACAUUGCGUACUGGCUGUGCAUAGCGGGUACGUUGGUCUGGAUGAAGUGGAAAGAGGGGAGAGUGGCCAUCUGCGGGCGAGAAGGAGGGGGAGGGGUGAGGCUGAGUGAGGGGGAUCGCAUGGAUAGCGCGGACACCACGGGAAAUGGCGCGAUAUCUUGA